AAAUGGUCCUCCCACACUAUCUCUGCUCGCACAUCCAAAAUGCGUUCCGUGCGCGGCUCCAGCACAUCGCCGUCCACCACACGACCCAAAACCUCGCCAUCCUCUCCAUCCUCCUCCGCUCAGGCUUUCUCUCCAACGUCACUCGCGGUACCAUUGAGGCACCCUCCCCCGACGAGUUCCACGAAGCACCCGAGUCGCACAAGCGCAUAUGGGCCGACCUCAAGUACCGCGACGACCGUCCCGUGCUCUCGGAUAUGGAGCUCAUCAGCCACCCGAGCAAACCCAUAUUCAUGGAACUCAGCGAGAUACGCAGGCUGUGCACGGGCAGGAGGGUACAGAACGUGAAGCCGCUGCGCAUGGGCGAGAUUGCGAUCGUGAAGACGAAGGACAGGGAGAACGAAUGGCUAGAGGCGAGGGAGGCGCUGCAGCUGAGGUUGCCUGGGGAGGUCAUUUGCAGGGCACGGUAGUGCCACCACAGUACUUCCAUGGCUGCCUUGGGUUAUAUGUAUGUUACACCAUCAAAGACUAAUCAGGUUUCUUUACGGCG